AUGCUCAAAACAAAUUUGAUUGACUCAAAGAAACAUCUUCCUCAAAAUAUAAUCAAAGAUAUUUUAGACAUCAUCCUGUUUAACAAUCGCUAUACAAAGUCAUAUUUGACUCUUGCCAAACUCUUUACUGAUGAAUAUCAUGUAACAGAGGUUUUUGAAAUUUCGGGUGUUUCUAACGUCCUGUUUUAUAAUGAAUAUGGGAUUAAAUUACACAAGUCUAAUGAAUUCAAAAAAAUUAAAUUGGAGAAUCUCGACAUUCAUGCAGAAAAUUCAAUUUAUGGAGCAAUUAUGUAUAAUGACAAAGAAAAAUUUAUUUCAUUCACGGAAAGAGAAGGAUUUGAUAAAGAUAAAAAACUUAUAAGCAAAUUAUAUCCAUAA